AUGGCAGGAGUAGACCCGUCCAAGCCACAAAGUUUCCCUUCAUGGACAGACUACUACGGUAAAUUCGAAAAUGGGGGAGGGAUCCAGGAACCAGACUGUACAGAUGAAAAGGAUUGUGGCAAAGAAGUAACAAACUAUUCGUUGAGAAAUAGGGAUCUUCAGAUGUAUGAGGGCAAAAUUAGGGCGGCACUCCACUAUUUACUCGAAACAUACAGAAAAAAGGGACCCAAGAAUUCACUGGAAAGUACAGCACGCCACUUUUUUUAUUAUUGGUUAGGGGAAAAAAGGUCUAACAGUAGAAAGGGAAGUACCGAAUUUCGAGGUGACAUAAUUCUUCUUUGCAAUGCUAUAAAUCAACCCUCUGAGAAGGGACCAUUUGGAAUUCCCUGUGACAAUCCUGAAAAAGUUAUUUUCGACCAAAGAAAAAGAAUAUUUGAUUAUUACUACGAUUAUAGUACAGUACAAAAGAAAAUACUGGAAGAUGGGGACGCCUCCAGGGAAAAGUGGUCCAGUUAUUUGGAAGGAAUUACUAAAGCAUGCGACGCUAUAAAGGAUUAUUGUAAACCAGAGGUGGAAAACACAAGGGGGGAUGAUCAAUAUUGUAAACAAUUCGAAGCACAGUACGGCGCAUAUUGUUCAGCGGCGAAGUUGCCAGAAUUGGAAUAUAAAUUAAAAUCUGCACAACAGGAAAAACAAAGCACACAACUCAAACUAAACAGUGCUCUCCAUCAAGCAAACAAAGCUUCUUCUCUUUCUUCUACCUUUGGUACCGUAGCAGCAAUAGAAUUACCAGCGGUUAUCUUUUUUUUAUAUAAGGUAAAAUUACAAUUUAAAGUUGCAAAAUAUAAAUAA